AUUUAUUGCAAAACCAGAGAUCGUUUUUUAUUAGUGGUGUUUUAUUUCUUAUCAUGUUUCCAUUGGUGCGACGACUCAAUUCCUGCUCCAUGACUCCUGCAGUACAUCAAUUAACUGGAAUCUCCAAAUGGCCGGUCACAGUUUCUAUGUGUUCUAUUCGUGCAUAUACAAGCCAUUCGUCAACUACCAUCAAUGGAAUAUCUCGUAUUUCACUACUCUCAGAUACAAGCGUCGCUAGAUCGUCUAGUGAAACUACAACGAACACAGUGUUGCAUUUGGCAAGGUACAGCAAGUUCCAUUCAUUCUCGCAGCCAUUAUUGCAACGUCGGGUUGCCAAGCUGGCUCGAUCCAGGCUAAUUACUUUGAAAGAUGUUGAAGCCAUAGAGGCAAAGAAUACUGCACAAAAUCCCACCGGCGGUGAUGAUAAUUCAUCUAAUACUGGUGCGCCAGGUGAUGCUGGAGACUCGGAUGAUGGCAACUCGGGCAAAAAGCCUUCAUUGAAACCUGCUGCAAAGAAUGCCGAGUCUGAAGUAGAUAACCCAGAUUCGAAUGAAGGCGAUGCUGCGAUUGAGAUUAAAAACAGUGGCGACAAGUCUCGCCAAAGGAACAUCAAUGACAAGCAAUCGAAAUCUAAGAGCACUACAGAUGCCAUAAUUCGAAGUCGUUCUAUUCGCAAAUCCACUGUUUUAGACUCAUCUUCAGCUAAUAAUGGAGAGAAUUCGGCCAUUGAAAAAAUCGUUGUACCCGAUGAAUAUCCUCAACUUCUAGCGAUCCCACUAACUCGACGACCUUUGUUUCCUGGAUUCUACAAAUCGCUUUACAUUAAGGAACCAAAAGUCAUUCGUGCAAUUCAAUCUUUGGUGGAGCAUCGUCAACCCUAUAUCGGUAUUUUUCUAGCCAAAGAUGAAAACUCGGAAAAUGACGUUGUAACAGAUAUCAGUGAAGUUUACAGAACUGGUGUUUUUGCGCAGAUCACUAAUACCUAUCAAACGGGACCAGAUAGUAACGCGCUGACCGUUGUGGUGUAUCCUCACCGCCGAAUCUGUAUCAGUGAGCUUGUAAUGCCUCUUGUAGAUGGAACUGUUGAACAGUCAAAGACGACCACCACUGAAAUUACAGAGUUACACACGAUAGAAUCUGCUGAAGAAAAAGUAGCUGAUGCAGAUUCAGCCGAGACGGUCGUUAGUAAAUCAGAAAACUUAAUGGAGGAAAAGACUGAUGAAUCUAUAGCUAGAGACACUGUCGAGGCUGAACAAGACGAAUCCGAAUUGCCCAGGUUUCUUCCAGUUAAUGCUCACUUGUUGCAGCACGAUGUUCCUCUUGCCAACGUUGCAAAUCUUGUUGAGCAACCUCACAGUCAAGAUAAUCGUCUUAUUAAGGCAAUUACCUCGGAGAUUGUUAACGUAUUGAAAGAAAUUUCUCAACUCAAUCCCUUGCUACGUGAUCAAAUCAUUAGCAUUUCUGUUCAGACUGGAAAUCUCUUGUUAGAUCCUUCUCGACUGGCCGAUUUUGCUGCUGCCGUGUCGUCAGGAGAGCCAAGUGAGCUACAGAGUAUUCUUGAAAGUCUGGUCGUUGAAGAGCGUCUCCACAAGUCACUCGUUGUGCUUAAGAAAGAACUUGCCAACGCUAAACUGCAGCAAGAAAUCUCAAAGGAAGUCGAAAGAAAAAUGACUCGCAAACAGCAAGAGUAUUUUCUCAUGGAACAACUCAAGGGUAUCAAAAAAGAACUCGGUAUGGAAUCUGAUGGUAAAGAGAAGCUGGUUGAAAAAUUCAAAGCAAAGGCCGCCAAACUACACAUGCCUGAAGCAAUCAAAAAAGUGUUUGAUGAGGAAAUCAACAAGCUUCAACAUCUUGAACCCGCGGCAUCCGAGUUUAAUGUUACACGCAACUACCUUGACUGGCUUACACAGAUUCCAUGGGGACAGAGUAGCAAAGAAAACUAUAAUAUCAAACAUGCUGUUACUGUUCUUGACGAAGACCAUUAUGGACUCAAAGAUGUAAAAGAGCGUAUUCUUGAAUUUAUUGCUGUUGGAAAGCUACGGGGAACUGUAGAAGGCAAAAUUAUCGCAAUGGUCGGGCCACCAGGUGUAGGAAAAACCUCUGUUGGUAAAUCUAUUGCUCGUGCACUUGGCCGAGAGUUUUAUAGAUUUAGCGUUGGUGGUUUAUCAGAUGUAGCGGAGAUCAAGGGCCACAGGCGUACAUAUGUUGGUGCGAUGCCAGGAAAGGUUGUUCAAGCAUUGAAAAAGGUUCAAACUGAAAACCCUCUGAUUAUGAUUGAUGAAAUCGAUAAGCUUAGUCGGGGGAAUCAGGGUGAUCCAGCAAGUGCUCUUUUAGAAUUGCUCGAUCCUGAGCAGAAUAGCUCGUUUUUGGAUCAUUAUCUUGAUGUACCUCUCGAUCUAUCCAAAGUGUUGUUUGUUUGCACUGCUAAUACACUCGAUACUAUUCCUGCACCUUUGUUGGACAGAAUGGAGAUAAUUACUUUAUCUGGAUAUGUUGCAGAAGAAAAGAUUGCCAUUGCUUCCAAAUAUCUAGAGCCUGCAUCGCGCUUAUCAUGUGGGCUUACUGAAAAAGAUGUUACCAUCACUGACAAGGCAUUCGAUGUUUUGAUUAAGCAAUAUUGUCGUGAAAGUGGUGUGCGUAAUCUCAAAAAGCAGAUUGACAAGAUUUUUCGCAAGGCUGCAUUUAAAAUUGUGGAUAGCGAGAUUGCUGUUCAGCCAGCUACAUCUGACACGAGUGCGGCUGCCGAGUCCGUUCCAUCGACUGACUCGUUGACUACAGUAACUAAUACCACUGCCAUGCCAUCAACACAGUCAGAAGAUUCGAUUUCUGAAUCUACCAUUCCACCACAUACACAAAUAGCUCACAAGUCAAAAGAAUUGAUUACCAUUACACCAGAAAACUUGCAUGAAUAUGUUGGAUCGCCUAUUUUCACAUCAGAUCGACUGUAUGAAGAAACACCGCCUGGUGUUGUUAUGGGACUGGCGUGGACACAAAUGGGUGGAUCAUCGCUGUUUAUCGAGUCUGUUUUGGAUUCUCCUUUUACAGAUGAAAACAAACCAUCCUUUCAACGAACUGGUCAAAUGGGUGACGUGAUGAAGGAAAGUACUACCAUUGCAUACACAUAUGCCAGAGCAAUCUUUGCCAAGCGUUUCCCUGAAAACGAUUUUUUCAAAAAGGCAGGCAUUCACAUGCAUGUUCCUGAAGGUGCAACACCCAAAGAUGGACCCUCGGCCGGAUCUACAAUGACCACAUCACUUCUUUCAUUGGCAUUGAACAGACCAGUUAUUCCUGAUGUUGCCAUGACAGGUGAAAUCACUCUUACUGGUAAAAUCCUCAAGAUUGGAGGUGUCAAGGAAAAGUCUAUUGCAGCCAAACGCAGUGGUGUCAAGCAUAUCAUUUUUCCAAGCGCAAACAAGAGUGAUUGGGAUGAACUUCCCGACUAUAUCAAAGCAGGACUUAAUCCACAUUUUGUUAAAUGGUACGAUGAGAUCUAUGCAAUUGUGUUUCCAGAUAUUUAAAUUGUCCGUAAAAUGUCACUGGCAUCAACCGAGAUGGAGGGCAAACCACUAUUUAGUCAGCAGAUGACUUUGAACUUUUGGAUUAUCGAGUGAUUGUGAAACAAUAAAAGGCUUGAGUUUACAAGCAACUCGUUUGUAACUCUAAACCAGUACUAUUUUGUCAACUAA